UAUAAACCAAGUUAUAAACCAACUUCCUGUCAGAGCAGGAAAUGGUAUCAAAAGGAGGUAACUGAUUUCUGGGACCCUGCUCGCUUUAAAAACCCUGAGGAAAGAAAGCACAAAGAAAAUAGAAUAAAAAUGAAGCGCACAGACUGGGCCCCCGUCAUCAUUAUAUUUAUAAGUCUUGUCGUUGACCUUUUGGGUUUCACAGUAAUCCUCCCCUUGUUGCCUUCCAUGCUUGAAUAUUAUGGAUCCAAUGAUGAAUCAGGCCUUUACAAUGCUACUCUCAGCUCAGUGAAUGGAUUUCGUGUUCUCAUUGGUGCACCAGAUAUGGAGAGGUUGAAUAUCGUAUUGUUUGGAGGAUUAAUUGGUUCAUUGUAUUCAGUAUUACAAUUUUUCUCUCUCCCUAUAAUUGGAACAGCUUCAGAUGUAUUUGGUCGGAAGCCAAUGCUACUGAUAACCACAUUAGGAGUGGCUUCUUCCUAUGUCUUAUGGAGUGUGUCAUAUUCAUUUCCUGUGUUUAUACUGGCUCGCGUUGUGGCUGGUUUGAGCAAGGGGAUUGUUAGUCUAAGUAUAGCACUGGUUACUGAUUCAACAACCAGUGAUGAUAGACCAAAGGCCAUGGGCAUCAUUGCUGUCGCUUUCUCUGUGGGAUAUAUUUUUGGCCCUCUCAUUGGUGCCUACUUUUCAACUUUUGCAAGAAGCGAAGUAGCUAGUGGAGCCCCUGCCUUCUCUGUAUUCCAGUACCCUGCUUUAUUCUCGUGCGUCACUUCAGUGCUGGUGUUUCUGCUGAUUGGGUUCUUUCUUAAGGAAACACUUCCACCGAUUAAAAGGGCUAAGUCUCUUGGUAGUGGUUUAUCUGAUGCACUGAGUCUAGUCAACCCACUCUCCCUAUUUAGGUACACUGCAAUAAAGAAGAUAUCUAAUACAGAUAUUGUCAACCUGAGGUGGAUGUCCUUUUCCUACUUCCUUUAUUUGAUGUUGUUCUCUGGCCUCGAGCAGACGCUGACAUUUCUAUUAUACCAGCGGUUCCAAUACACAAGGAUGGAGCAAGGUAAGAUGUUCAUGAUGGUUGGUCUGGUCAUGGCAAUGGUACAAGGAGGUUAUAUGAGGAGACGACCAGCUGGAACGGAAAAAAGAACAGCCCUUACUGGUAUGGCGGUCAUUCUCCCAGGAAUGCUCCUGAUUGGUUGGUCAUCCACUCACCUCAUGUUGUACUCUGGUUUGCUUUUGUACUCGUUUGGAGCUGGUACUGUUGUGGCUUGCUUUUCAACAAUGGCAUCGCGCUUUGGAGAAAGUGAUGAAAAGGGAAAGAUAUUAGGAAUAUUUCGUUCGAUUGGUGCACUUUCACGUGCAUUUGGACCAUUCCUAGCUUGCACCCUUUACUGGAGCUAUGGUCCUUGCAUUUGCUACAUGGUUGGUGGGCUAGCAAUCGUUGUCCCCAUGGUUAUUUUAGCCAAAGUCCGUGUUGCUCAAAUCAAAGUUGAAUAGAAUAAAAGAACCUUCAUUAAUAAUAUUGUAGUCUAUUUUUAUAACUUUUUUUCAUAAUUAUAAAAGUCGACGUGGGAGCAGAUGAUGCUAUA